CUCAAAGAGCCAAUUCUGUCUUUGCGUUCUCGCUGACUGUUAUAUUUGUCCUUCUUGGCGCAGUUGCUAUUAUAACACCCUUCUUUUCUUCUUCCGAUCCUAAAACCGAGGUGCAUGUUAAAGAGAUUGCAGUAUGGACAUAUGAUUAUGGUGGAAGUAUAAGCGAAUUUGCUUUUGUUACCAUGGACUUAGAGGCUGAUUUGACGUCUUUGUUUGAUUGGAACACCAAGCAGCUCUAUGUCUCAAUCGUUGCUGAAUAUGGAUCUGAUAAUAUGAAUCAGAUAGUACUCUGGGAUGACAUUAUUAGAUCAAAAAGAGACGCUCAGGUAGUUUUACAUCAGAUCAAAAACAAGUAUAUGUUUAACGACAUUACUCCAAGUUUCAGAGAGGUCAAUGCAACGUAUGCAUUACAUUGGGACGCGAUGCCUUAUGUUGGAUUACUACAAUCUGGGCGAUCCGAUUCUAUCAGACAUGUAAAGUUCCCAAAGCCAGAAAAUUUUGCUGCAUGA